CUAUGUAUUGUUUUAAAUACAAUGUUUUUAGCACUAGAACACCACGGGAUGAACGCAAACGUGCGCGAUGCGUUGGAUAUUGGCAAUAAGGUUUUUACAUCCAUUUUUACUCUAGAAUGUAUACUGAAGGUGAUGGCACUGUCGAAGGAUUUUUUCCUGUGCGGUUGGAACAUAUUCGAUCUGAUCAUCGUGUCAGUUAGUCUGCUCGAUCUGAUCUUCGAGCUGAUAGAGGGACUGACGGUGUUACGAGGUUUAAGAUUGUUACGGGUACUGAAACUAGCACAAUCAUGGACCACAAUGAAGGUCCUGCUAAGUAUUAUCAUAUCGACAAUAGGUGCUUUAGGUAAUCUGACCUUCGUGUUGGUGAUUGUUAUCUAUAUUUUUGCCGUUAUCGGCAUGCAGUUGUUCUCGAAGGACUACACUCCGGACAAGUUUGCACCGGAUCCGGUGCCAAGAUGGAACUUCAAUGAUUUUUUUCACUCAUUUAUGAUGAUUUUUCGUAUCCUUUGCGGGGAGUGGAUCGAACCCCUGUGGGAUUGUAUGCGAGCGGAGGAGGAGGAAGGAGCAUCGUCGUGUUUUGCCAUCUUUCUGCCGGCGCUGGUGAUGGGCAACUUUAUGGUACUGAACUUGUUCUUGGCCUUGUUGCUCAACAGCUUCAACUCGGAGGAGUUAAAGUCGAAGAAGGAGAGUUUCGAGCAGGAAGUCGGCGAGGACUCAAAGCUAGCGCGCAGCUUCGAGCGUAUACGCUCGAUCGUGCGCAAGAAGCGUAACGCCAGCAAGGAGAAGAACGACAACUACGCCAACACCAAGCUGGAACAGCUGGUCAACGAGAUUGUGAUCAAGCAGCGCGAAGAGAAGAAGAAACACAAACAGACGGCGCUCGAGCUGCAACCACUGCCCUCCUCGCAAACGCUUCCACCCGCAUCCGAUCUACAAUCGAUGCCGCUCCAACAGCAGCAGCAGCAGCAGCAGCAAAAGUACAUGAGCCUGCCAAAGGAACUGGUACCACCGGUCGACUACCGCAUCCCGGGUGGGCCAAUCUAUAGCCAAAGCUAUCAGGUAGAGGAUCAGCCUCAAGUUGUUGAAUCGCUUAAUCGGCCUGUAUCUGGAUCGGACUUUUGUUACGAUAUUCCGCUUAAAGAUCGCCCACUGCGAACGAUCUCCGGCAGCCAGGAAACGGUGUCCCAGAUGGAUGAUCAAGCGUUACCGCGCGAUGAUAACCAUCCGCAACAGCAGCACCAACCACAUGCGGGACACGGCGGGACCAGUCCUCCGAAGCAACAGAUUACCGAGGUGGAGCGUAAGAUCCUACAUCAAAUGUCUUCCGGUUUCGGUACGCAGCAGAGCAAGGAUGAACCCGGGCCAAUAAUGGCGGGCGAGUCCCCGUUGCCAACGUCCGAGUUUGAUCCGAACGAUCGAUCGAUACACAUCGCCGACACGGUCCAACCGUACGAUGAAGCCUACCUGCAGUAUCAGAAGUCACUGCUGAACCGGUCCCCUAGCUACCGUAAGUCGCUGGACAAAAUCUCGUCCAAGACGUCCAGCGCGAGCUCGUCGCUCGCGAACUCGCUGGCAGCCAAAUGUCACUCUCCGCUGAUGCAGGAGGUGCUGAACGCCGGCUCAACGUAUCUUAGGAACAGUAACAUUUCGCUCAUUCAAACGCCAACGCCCGUAGUGUCUAGACGUGAGGAUAAUCAUUUUUUAAUAGCCGAUAGAACGAGCCAGGCGCCAUCGCUCGGGCCCUCGGUCACGCAGUCACCGCUGAUGGGAGGCAGCGGGGGUAGUGGGGCGGUGUCCGCCCAUCAACGAUCGCCGAGCACGAGCAGCAGUCUGAGGAAGGCGAUCGCUGCCGCCAAUCGGUUGUCGGAUCAUUCGCUCAACACGCUCUCGAUCGAUCACGACGAGCUGAUCAAUCAGAUGAAUCUGAAGGAUGAGCUGCUGAACUGCGAGCAGAAGGAACUGUUUCAGUUUCUGAACGAUGAGAUCGAUGGGAGUAAUAACUAUUUUAGUGAAACGGUCGGGUUUAGCAGUGCGAUCGUUGAUGCGGACACGGAGAGUUUGCUGUUGAAUUCGCGGAAGGACGAUGUAAUCUAUUCGCCCGAUCGGAAGAUCUCGAACGGCAGUCUUAAGUCGAACCUGAGCAGCAUCUCGAACUCCAUCUUCCAGGCACUCGAGUGCCGCCGGGGGGGUAGUAUCAGUAGCUCUAAUGUGGACAAUAAUAGUAAGGUUUACGUGCACUAUCCCGGCACCGCGCGGCCAACGAUCGCAAUCGACAAUGGGAGUCUACAGUCGCGGCGGGAAAGUGACGAUAAGGAACCGCUGGUGAAGGCUUCAGAGUUUGACGAAAUUAUUCACAGCUUCGAGACGGAGCUGAAGAGCUUGAAGUCUCUGUCGCUGGGGCGUAGCCAGUCACAAACGGAUCAAGGAUCACCGGAACGGGAGCGGCGCAACUCCGACAGCUGUCCGGUAAGGCCACCGAUACUGGAAGAGGUGGUAAAGC